UAUUUUGAAAGCAGCGUUGAACACGGAAGUAGCAAACUCGCACGUUGGAGUACUUCUUGAACUGCAAUCGAGCACACAGAGCAGACCUUCAACAUGUCUUACAGCGCAAAAAUAGGCCCGUCCAUCCUCAGCAGUGACCUCGCAUGCCUGGGCAGUGAAUGCGUCCGAAUGAUGGAGUGCGGAGCUGACUACCUGCACCUCGACGUUAUGGACGGUCAUUUUGUCCCCAACAUCACCUUUGGCCAUCCGAUGGUGGAGUGCCUGAGGAACUGCGUGGGGCCAGACCCUUUCUUUGACAUGCACAUGAUGGUGUCGAGGCCGGAGCAAUGGGUGAAACCCAUGGCAGCAGCAGGAGCUAAUCAGUACACGUUCCACCUGGAGACCACUACUAAUGCUGGAAACCUCAUCAAGGAGAUCAGAGAGAGUGGCAUGAAGGUGGGCCUGGCCAUAAAGCCUGGGACCACAGUAGAGGAGUUGGCCCCAUGGGCAGGACAGAUUGACAUGGCACUGGUCAUGACUGUGGAGCCUGGCUUUGGAGGCCAGAAGUUCAUGGAGGACAUGAUGCCCAAGGUUAGCUGGCUAAGGAGUCAGUUUCCCUCUCUGGACAUUGAGGUGGAUGGAGGAGUGGGUCCCUCUACCAUCCACAAGUGUGCUGAGGCGGGCGCUAACAUGAUCGUGUCGGGCAGUGCGGUGGUGAGCAGCGACGACCCGCGCUCUGUCAUCACAAUGCUGAGGACUGCUGUCACUGAGGCCAUGCAGAAACGCUCACUGGACCGUUGACACGCCCCCUGCCUGGCGAUCACCACAGUAAUUCCUCACACCAGAACGCCAUAGCAACGAGCUAAUACACCCUAAAGUGGGACAGUCAAAAGAUGUUUCUCUUUGGUGGUCAGGGAGGGGUGUGGAAGUCGGUGCUCUGCAGACCGGUGUGCUGAUGUCACAGGUUGAUCCAGUGAUGCUGCGCCCCUGCCCCUCAAUACCCCAGAACAUCAGAACCAACCCCAAAUCCCCACAUACUCAGCCAGGAUCACUACUCAACCAACGAUUUACCCACCUACCAGCUUAGGCCUGUGGAUAAAUGAACACUUUAACGAGAGUGGAACAGUGGUUACUUUGAUUGAACACAAUAAUUGUAAACAUUCCUGAAUAUUUUUUGGCAUACUGUUAUGUGGAACUAAUGAUAAAGAUAUGUCUGACAAGACAAUGUAACUGUUAUACUGUUAUGUGGAACUAAUGAUAAAGAUAUGUCUGACAAGACAAUGUAACUGAA